AUGUCCAAUUCCUCAGAAUACCAGAUUUGUCAAGGAUCCAGAUAUCCACUUGAAAUCGAAUUUCGAUAUGUAAUUGGUUGGUUCUUUAUUGCUGACGCAAAUGCGCAAAUGCGGCCGCUCCCAGCUCCUCUCGCUUUUAUCAUAUUCAGGGAGGAGGAGUAUUGA